AUGUGGAUGAAAGUUGCCAUUGUUGGACAGUGUUCCCGAUUGCCUCAGCGGCCCAAAAGAGCAUCAGCCAAACACUCUUCUUUUUCCGGCAGAAAUAGCGAAGGCAAAGAUUUGAGCUUCGCCCAAAAGAUAUUUUCUAAUGCUACGUUAUUCACUAAGAAAAUGCAUACCAAUAACGAUAUGUACCAAAUUCACUCAAAGUUAAAGCAAAUUUCCAAUCUUGUUGCUCUCCUUGGUAAUCCGGCGGGCCCAUUUGAUAUCAAUACCUUUUAUCCUACCUCAAACAUCCUGCUGAAAUCUCGGACGGAGGAGACUAAGGAAACAUCAACUACGAGCUAG